AUGUGGGUUUCUAUUGUAUUAAUUUUUAUAUUAGCAGGAAUUAUGGCAUUAGGAAUUCUCUUUAAAUAUAUUAACCCAUUAAAAACAAGAUGGUAUGUUGUGCUCUGUUCAUUUGUAGGAUGGUAUUUAGCAUUUUUAAGUCCAUUAUUAAUGCCAUUAGACAUUGUGUCAACGUUUAGAUCGGAAAAAGACUUUUUAUAUAUUAAUCAAAAUGUAUUAAUUGUUAUAUGGUGGAUUAUUUAUAUUUUACAAUUUGGAUUAUGUUAUUUAAUAUUUCCAAUAGUUCAAACCUAUAGCAUUGUAGGAGAUUUUACGUUUAUCAGAAAAUUAAUCAGAAGUAUUAAAAGAAAUGUUAUAUUUUAUGGAACAUUAAUUAUGUUACUUAUAAUAUUUUUCAUAUUAUUUUGGUUCUUUAAAGGAGAUGAAUUGAUAACAAGUGGACAAGAAUAUUUUGGGUUUGCAUUAACAUUAUCUAAUGCAUGGGGGUUAAUAUUAGCUAUUGGACUAAUGGGAAAUGGAUAUAUUAUGUAUAUUUAUGAUACAAUACGUACAUUUACAAAUAAAUUAGAAUUAAGAAAAAAUAUUUGUGAUGUUGGGUUAUGUAAUAUCAGAAUGACAGAAUCAAAAAAAGUAUUAGAAGAACAAAUUAAA